AUGAAACCGAGAGCAAGAGAGAGUCAAAUCUCAACACUUGUUUUGGAUGACAUUUGGAAUAAGGAGUGGGAAAAAUGGGUUAGUUUAAAAGAGUUAUUGGUGGGUGGGGCUAGAGGAAGUAGGAUAAUAGUAACUACUCGUUCUUCUAAGGUAGCCAAGAUCACUAGUAAAUGUCAGCCUGAUGUUCUGAAAGGCUUGUCUGAUAAUGAGGCUUGGUUUUUGUUCAAAGAGAUAGCAUUUGAACAAAGAUCUGCUGACUCAACAGAUUUAGGCUUUGUGGAAAUAGGAAAGCUGAUAUUGAAAAGGUGUUGUGGAGUUCCCUUAGUCAUAAGGACGAUAGCUAGUACGUUAUCUUUCAAAGAAACUAAAAAUGAGUGGCUUUCUUUUAAAGAUAAUGAACUUGCUAGAAUAUCUCAGAACGAAGGUUUCGUAAAGCAACUGCAACUGAAUCCAAGUCAAUCUCUUGAGGAGAUCGGAUUUGGAUAUUUUAAAGAUUUAGUUGAAAGAAGUUUCUUUCAAGAGGUAGAAGGAGACUUGAUGGAAGAAAUGAGAUGUAAAAUGCAUGAUUUAAUGCAUGAUCUAGCUGAAUCAGUAGCAGGGAUGGAGAGUAGCAUUAUGGAUUCAAAUAAAAUUGCAAGUGAUGUUGGUGAAAAGUGUCGCCACAUAUCAAUUAAUCUUUCAGUAAUUCCUUUGUUUAAGGGAAAAAAGUUACGAACUUUGUUACGGUCUCCAUACAUAGAAACUCCAAAUUUGAGCGAAGAAACUUGGGAUUUUAUAAUUGCAAAUUGUAGAUGCUUACGUGUAUUGGAAUUGAAUGUUCUAAAUUUUAAGACAAUUUCACCCUCCAUUUACAAGUUGAAACAUUUGAGGUACCUUGAUCUUUCUUGGAAUUCCAAUAUUAAGAUUCUCCCAAAGAGUAUUUGCAAGAUUCAGAAUUUGCUAGCGCUGAAACUCGAUGGGUGUUAUGAGCUUCAAGAAUUGCCAAAGAAGAUUGAAAAAUUGGUGAAUCUGACCCAUCUUCCGUGUUGUUCUUGUUUUGGCUUAACUCAUAUGCCACGUGGAAUAGGGAAGCUGACUUCACUUGAGACGUUAAGCUUGUUUGUAGUGGAUAAAGAUGGGUCCCAUGGCGGUGCAGAUCUAAGUGAAUUGAGACUGAUUAACAACUUAAGGGGAGAGCUUAGAAUAGAUAAUUUGGGAUUCGUAAAAAAUGCAAAAGAGAAGUUUAUGGCUGCCAAUUUGAAAGAGAAGCAACAUUUGAGAUCGUUGGUUUUACUAUGGAGCGAUGGUAAUGAUGAUGAUGAUGAUGAGAAGUCACUUGAAGACCUCCAGCCCCAUCCUAAUCUCAAGGAGCUCUCGAUUGGAGGAUGGAGGGGUGAUGCCCAGUUUCCAAGUUUGGUUUCUUUGCUCACAAUUCUCGUCAAAAUUACCAUAGGUAGUAGUAAUUUCAAACAUCUCCCGUCCUUUGCGCAAUUGCCUUGUCUUAAAGAGCUGUCAAUUGCUGAUUGUACUGAGGUGGAGUACAUGGAUGAUAAUAGCCCAAAAGGAAGUCAAGGAGAACCACAAUCAUUCUUCCCAUCGCUUAAGCAUCUUUGGCUCUAUAAUUGCCGGAAUAUGAAGAGUUGGUGGAGGAGGACAAAACCAAUCGAUGAUGAUUCCAACAAGGACGACACAACAGUUAUGGGAACAACCACCAUGGCAUUUCCUUGUCUUUCCUCUUUAUUCAUUCACGAUUGCCCUUUGACUUCAAUGCCGUUGUAUCCUUCACUCGAUGAUAAUCUACAGUUGAGGAAUACCAGUUCAAGGCCGUUAAAGCAGACCAUGAAGAUGAACACCACUAGUACGACCCCAUCAAGUUUAACCUCUUCUCUUCCUCUCUCCAAAUUGAAAAUUUUCUAUGUAGACAACAUUGAGGGAUUGGACACUCACAUGGCAGAUGAGUGCCUGCAACAUCUCACUGGCCUUAAAACUUUAGAAAUAAGGGAUUGCAAGGAGGUUGAUUUAGAGAGCUUACAAUGGGAACCCAUUAAGAAUCUCUCUGAAUUGUUGAUUGGUAAUAUCCCGCAGCUGGUGUCUCUCCCCCGUGGGCUUCAACAUCUUGUUCAAUUGAAAACAUUAAAAAUUCGUGAAUGCAAUGGAUUGAGGUCACUCUUUCCCGUGUUCCAACAUCUCACUUUCCUUGAAAAGUUUAAAGUAAGCAACUGCAAGGAGCUGGAGUUAUCUGCAGCUGGCAUCCAAAUAUUCCAGGAUCAUACAAGCCUAUGCUCUCUAUCACUGGAAAAUAUUCCAAAGUGUCGGCAUCUUCCGGAGUGGCUUCAACAUCUAACAAAUCUGCAAAAGCUUUAUCUCAUUGAUUUGCCCAAUUUAACAUCGCUUCCGGACGAGAUGCGUUGCCUAACCAAUUUGGAAAGUUUAUAUAUAGAAAGAGUUUCUCAGUUGGAAGCAAGAUGUCGGAAGGAUAUGGCUGAUUGGCAUACGAUUGCUCACAUCCCCAACAUUAUAAUAAAUGGGUUGUACCAGUUCCAAAUAUUCCAAGAUCAUACAAGCCUGCGCUCUCUAACGCUGGCAAAGAUUCCAAAUUGUCGCCAACUUCCGGAGUGGAUUCAACAUCAAACAAAUCUGCCAAGGCUUAUUCUCUCUGAUUUAACAUCGCUUCCGGACGAGAACCAGUUUGGAAGAGUUCUUUAUGAAACGACUUCCCAGUUGGAGGAAAGAUGUCGGAAGGACAUUGGUGCCGGUUGGCAUAAGAUUGCUCAUAUUGCUACAGUAUGGCUUCUACUUUUUAAGCAUGAGUUCAAUGGAAGAGCCAAAAAGCAGGACAUGCAUUCUUCAUCAGCUGAUCUGUCCAUGUCACUCUGUAUGCAUUCUUCAUCAGCUGAUCUUGGAGCUUGUAUAUAUAGAUGA